AUGGGUUCCAACGCCUUCCAGUCCCCCGCCGUCACCAAGUCCUCCUUCACCUCCUACUAUACUCCCGCCAACAACGGAGGCGCCGCUCUGCACCCCAACGACCCCAAAACCCCCACGCUCUUUCGGCCCUUACAAAUCCGCAAUGUGACGCUCAAGAACCGCAUCAUGGUCUCGCCCAUGUGCAUGUACUCCUGCGAGUCGGACCCGUCCUCUCCCCACGUCGGCGCCCUAACAAACUACCACCUCGCGCAUCUGGGCCACCUCGCCCUCAAAGGCGCAGGCCUCGUCUUUAUCGAAGCCACCGCCGUGCAGCCCAACGGGCGCAUCUCCCCCAACGACUCGGGCCUCUGGCAGGAGGGGACCACCUCGGAACAAUUCCUGGGUCUGAAGCGCGUCGUCGAGUUCAUGCACGCGCAGGGCGCCAAGGUUGGGAUCCAGCUUGCGCAUGCGGGCCGGAAAGCGAGUGCCGUUGCGCCUUGGCUGGCGGCGCAGGCGGGCAAGCCGAGUCUCAAGGCGGAUGAGAGCGUCGGCGGGUGGCCGGCGGAUGUGGUGGGUCCGUCUGGCGGGGAGGAGCAUAUCUUUAGCCCUGUGGAGGAUGCAUACUGCGUGCCGCGGGCGCUGAGCACGGCGGAGGUUCGUGAGCUAGUGGCGGCGUUUGCGAAGAGCGCGCGGUUGGCGGUGCAGGCUGGGGUGGAUGUUAUCGAGAUCCAUGGGGCGCAUGGCUAUCUCAUCAACGAGUUCCUGAGUCCGGUGACGAAUAAGCGGACGGACGAGUACGGCGGGAGCUUUGAGAACCGGACACGGAUUGUGCGCGAGGUUGCGGCGGCUAUUCGUGAGGUUAUCCCCGAGGGGAUGCCGCUGUUUCUGCGUAUCAGUGCCACGGAGUGGUUGGAGGGUCAGCCUGUUGCCGCGGAGUCGGGCAGUUGGGAUAUGCAGAGCUCGCUGGAGCUGGUCAAGAAGCUGCCCGAAUGGGGGAUUGACCUUGUAGAUGUCAGCUCGGCCGCGAACCACAAAGACCAGAAGAUCAACUUGCACACGGCCUACCAGACGGACCUGGCCGGGCAGAUCCGCCAGGCCAUCCGAGCGGCUGGAGCGUCGACUCUUGUGGGUGCCGUAGGUCUGAUCACGGAUUCGGAACAGGCGAGGGGACUGGUUCAGGGAGCGGACGAGGCGACUACAGCCGAGGCAAUGCUGUCGGGACCCGAACCCAAGGCGGAUGCGAUUCUGAUAGCCCGUCAGUUCCUGCGCGAGCCAGAAUGGGUGUUUUCCACGGCGAGAAAGUUGGGCGUGCCGGUUACUGUCCCGGUACAGUUUGACAGGGCCAUUUAA